AUGGAAGGUAAAAUCGACAACUUAAUUAAAGCUGUGAGUGAAAUCAAAUCCACGCAAAAUAAGUUGGUCUCAAUGAUGAAUUCACAAUCUGAAAAAAUGUCAAGCCUUACCUCCAAAGUGAAUGAUCUUACAUCGAAAUUAGACAUCCUAUCUUCCGAUAAUGAAUCAUUAAAACUUCGAGUAUCAACCAUCGAAGAUAACCUUAACAAAACGAAUAUCUCAAAUUUUUCCUCUUCCAAUAAUCUAAUAGCUGAAAUGCUUGAUAUCCAGAGUCGUCAAAAAAACAUUUUAUUAUUUAAUCUUUCGGAACCUACUUCAUUAUCUAAUGACUCGAAUGUAGAUGACCUUACUGCAAUAACUAAGAUUUUUGAAUUUCUUGGAUUACAAAUUAAACCAACUUCUAUAUCUCGAUUGGGUUCUCGUUCUUCAACUGCUUCCAAGCCAAGGCCAAUAAAAUUAACACUUUCUGAUCAAAAAGAAGUUUUCUCCAUAUUUGCUGCUCAGAAUAAACUGAAGACACAUCAAGCUUGGACUAAUCUUCGUUUCUCCUCGGACAGAACUAAAGCUCAACGUGACUUUAUGAUCCAUCUACGGAAUGAACUCCUUCGACGCAGAGAAAAUGGUGAACCAGAGUUAAUAAUUAAAUAUGUUAAGGGUACUCCUGCCAUUAUAAAUUCAAAAAACGUAUAA